AAACUGGGGAGUUGUUACGGCUCAGUCUGUCCACGGCCGUUCGUCAAGUCAACUUGGCCCCAUCGUUGUGCAAAUGACUCCCUUAUAACUAUAAUUACCUUACAAUCAUUCACUUUAUCACGAUUUUAACCCCAGUGAUGUGUUAAUCCACUCGAUACCCCAUCCACGCAUAGAUGAAGAUACGGAUGGCCUAGUGUCCAGUGAUAUUUUUUAUUAUCAAUUUUCUCUGCGUAUUUGAAAUAAAAAUGUGUGACCCACGGGUAACGAUAUUCUUAUUAUUGUCCGCGGAAUUGUCAAUUGCAAAGGCCUUCAACAUUGAAUCGAGACAUUACACGUCGUACAUGAAGGAAUCAAAGUCAAUGUUCGGCUUUUCCGUUGCUGAAUACCGGGAUAGUGGCAGACGUGGGUGGGUGAUCGUUGGUGCACCAGAAGCUCAAACAUCGCAGCCAAAGGUCUACAGAGGUGGAUCGGUUUAUCGCUGUGAUGUCGCCCUUGAUGACAAUUGCGUUCCAAUCGAGUUCGAUGCACAAGGACACAAUCUGCUGCAAAUCCCGAAUGGUCCAGACGCUUAUGUGCAAAUAGACAACAAAACUCUCCAGUGGUUUGGGGCGACCGUUUCAACAUCAUCAGUAGACGGCGGUCCAAUUCUGGCUUGCGCACCUAGGUACGUCUUCUUCUCGAUUCAGGAGAAUCGAAAUCACAAUGACAGCACCAGACAACCGGUGGGGAAUAGGAGAGAUCCUGUUGGAACUUGUUGGGUCACCAAUAAUUUGAACACCUCCAAGGAAUUCGCACCCUGUCGAACACGGCACUUUGGAUACCAUCGACAGGGGUCAUGUCAGGCUGGUCUCGGGGCAACGGUCUCCAAGGAUGGAGAGAGGAUAUUCAUUGGUGCACCAGGAAGUUGGUACUGGCAAGGUCAGCUGUUCUCAAUCGCAAGGAGAUUGGAGAAUAGACUCUUCGUGCCGCCCACCAUCUAUACAGGGCAAGUGUACACGCAGUCUCCACAUACCAAGGGCCAAGUAAUGUUCACCAAGGAAGGAUCUCCAGAGGAAGAUGACAGUUAUUUGGGAUAUGCACUUGUUAGUGGUGAUUUUUUGGGUACUGGAGACGUGGGGAGUGCUGUGGGGAUGCCAAGGGGGUAUGGGCUCCAUGGAAAGGUGGUUCUGUUGACAUCCAACAUGACGAAUCAUCAGAAUGUAACUGGUGAACAAAUGGGUGGGUACUUUGGUUAUUCAUUGGCAGUCGGUGAUAUCGAUGGAGAUCACUUGGAUGAUUUAAUUGUCGGUGCUCCCAUGUUCACAAUUCCUGAUAACACCGAGAUGACCUUUGAGACUGGAAGGAUUUACGUAUUCUAUGGGAGAGGACCCAACAAAUACAGGGACUUCCACUUCAGGGAUGGGGAGAGCAAUAGAGGUCGUUUUGGUAUGUCAGUGGCAUCUCUAGGUGAUCUAGAUCUAGACGGUUACACGGAUUUUGCUGUGGGUGCACCUUAUGCUGGACCAGAGGGUCGCGGUGCUGUCUACAUAUAUCACGGCUCCUCGGAGGGAGUUCUCGAGAAAUACUCGCAGGUCAUCUAUUCCACUGAUCUCAGCCAUCGUAUCCAGACCUUUGGCUUUUCCGUGUCGGGUGGCCUUGACCUCGAUGGCAAUUCCUACCCAGACAUGGUAGUGGGUUCGUACGAGUCUGGAGCUGCCAUGUUUUUCCGUGCUCGUCCUGUCAUCAAAAUGGUCCAAGCUGCGACGUACGUGGAAUUCCAAUCGGCAUCGAAAUUAGUCUCCCUGGAGGAUCAAUCACGAGUUAUUUCAAAUGGAGUUAGAGUCACAGCUCUUCCACUCAAGACUUGUUUCCAAUACGAUGGUAUCGGUGUCGCUUCUGAAUACGAAUUCAACGUGCAAUACGUUCUCGAUGUGAAGAAGACUAAAAGCCCGAGAAUGUUUUUCCUGGAGUUUGAGGGUCUCAACGAGAAGAGUCUUCCAAUCAGAAUGAAAAAGGGCCAGCAAAAUUGUCGUAUAUUCAACGUAUAUCUCACUCCGAAUAUUCGUGACAAAUUAACGUCCCUCGAUGCAGAAAUGAGAAUAAGCCUGAUGGGAGAUGAAUGGAUUGACAAACGCCCCAGAAAUCCCCGAUUGCCACUGGAGCCUGUUCUUGCCAUGACCUCUACCCAGAAAGACAGCAUCUCCAUUAGGAAGAACUGUGGAGAUGACAACGUGUGUGAACCUGAUUUGCGUCUGACAUGUGUCUCGAAACCCGCGGAGUACCUUCUGGGCUCUGGUGAACGUCUCGAGCUGGAUGUUACCGUCGCCAAUAUGGAUGAAGAUGCGUUUGAAGCUACUUACUACCUGACACUGCCUCUGGGCAUCGAUUACAUAAAGAUUGAGACACUCGUGUCCAAGGAUACAUCAGUCAGGUGUUCCCCUCCUACGAAUUUCAAUAAUAAUACUCUAAAGUGUGAUAUCGGUAAUCCUCUUCCCCAUGGGUCAGUUGUUCACUUCAAAAUAUGGCUGCAACCGUCCCACGUUCAUGGAGAAAAAUCCACUUACGAUUUUCACAUGAAAGUCAACUCCACGAAUCCUGAACCAAUCGAGAGAACUCACGAUAACGUUCUCUACGUACCCACUGGUAUCCUCGUUAAUUCCAAUCUUCUGGUUGAGGGUGAGAGCAAGCCCAAGGACCUGUACUACAAUCCAUCUAAUUACACUGUAAUUAAUGCAACAACUGACAUCGAGUAUGGGCCUGCAUUCAUCCACAAUUACACGAUCAGAAAUAAGGGCCCAUCGACCAUCGAGGCCAGUCAAAUAUUUCUCAUCUGGCCCGGGAAAACCCUCGCUGAUGACGAUUUUGUGUACCUCAUCGAUCAACCUGUCGUUGAUGGCAACAUAAGAUGUGCCACAGCCAACGCAAAUUCCCUGUCACUCAAGAUUGAAAAUAGAAAAAAAUUCUCAACUCAUUAUGAGACGAGACCCGGUUAUCAGCCAUUGACGAAUCCCCACAAAAAUAUUCACGUUCACACUGGUGAUGGCAGUUACGAUGCAAGUGGAAUAAAAGGAUCUAGAAGUGAACAUAAUUAUGAUUCGACGAUUAAUACUGCAACGUCUCGAGGAAGUGAACAGGGAACGACAACGAGUGUCUGGGUGUCCAAGCCAGGGGGCGGAGUGGUAAUUAGUACUGGAGGUGUCGGUUCUUCCGAAGGUUCUGAGGGAAUAUACACCACCCAGAGAAAUUCAUUUGGUGCUGGGGGACUGAGUCAGAGUGGAACGUGGGAGAGCGAUCGAACGUUCAGUAGAUCGAAUCAGAGUGCAUUAGGUUCAGGUGAAGUCACUAUUGAAAACAGACACACAGGAGGAGAGGAGACACUGGUCAAUAUUCAUCAGACCGAGAGUGAAAAGCGUUACAAUAACUUCCAGAAUCUCCAGGAGGAGAAUCGCAGGAAGCUGAUGUUGAAGCAUGAGGAGGAGGAGAGGAUACGACAGCAGGAGGAGGCGUUCAUUGCACAGAGGAGACGAGAGCACGAGAGGAAGGAAGAGGAAGAGAGAGUGAGAUUUUCAACGGGUCGUCAUGAAAUCAGUGGUGAUCGGGAGGAGCAUGUUGGUGCUACUGAUUUUGGAAUUCGACCUGGCACCCCAUCAGGCUUUCACACGUCCGGAAAACUCGACAGCUUCUUGUCGAAUCUCAAGGAGACCGUGGGAUACGAAGUAUAUCGUCGUGGCUCACGUCAGUAUCUCCAGUUCCUUGGCAGGUUCAUGGUAGCAAUUGAUGGAAAACAGUACAUCGAACUAAAAAAUGGACCGAUUCUCCCCCUGGAGAAUCAGUACGGCGAGCAGAGCUAUUCAUCAAGCCAGACUGUAACCGACAGGUACACCAAACUGGACGCUGAAAUCAUAACUGGUGAGGAUGGCAGGAUCUACUGUAAAUUGAGUGACAACAGGAGAUUUCCAAUUGACAGCUCCUGGAGUUACUCUGAGCAGAGGAGUUACACGAUUAAUGGUGGGCAAGGACGAGGAGCGGGGAAUCAGUUUGUUGAAGGGAAAAAUCGAGAGGGAAAAUUAGAAGAUCGAGAAGAGAGUUUCACCACUUCUUCUGGGAACUGGAGGCAAACUGGGAAUGUAAAGAGUUACGAGAGCCAAAGACACGAGGAGAAACGAAUCACUCAUCGAAUGGAAGGGAGCAACACUUAUGAGAGGGAGGAAGGCUUUGGUGACAGUCAAAAUUAUCAAGACAGAAGAUCCAGAUCGAGAAGACAUGGGAUUAACAAACGGGAGAUUUCACUGUUUGGAGAGGACCUCAAGCAGAUCGAUCAGGCUGUGAUCGAUGAUGCAAUUAGAAGGCCUGAUCAGACAGAUCAAAAUAUCUUGGAUGAACUUGGAUUUUGUGGCAAUGCAAAGUGUCUCGUUCUCCGAUGCUUCGUUGGUAGACUCGUCAAGGACGAGGAGGUGUCCAUCAGCGCUAGAUUUAGAGUAAAGGGAACAACUCUGAAUAAAAUAUCAGCUGGAGAAAAACUCAAUGUGACCACAACAGUUUACGCCAAUGUCACGAAGCUUCCGUUCAUUGGGCGACCUCAUCACCUGGUCUCUGCUAGCCAUCAAGUUGUCACUGUCACUGAACCUACGGUAUCAUCUAUUGAAUCUGGUGGAGUCCCACUGUGGGUUGUGGUACUAUCUGCUGUUGCUGGUGCAAUAAUCCUCUUAUUACUCAUCUUUCUGUUGUAUAAGUGUGGAUUUUUCAAGAGGAAUCGACCAACAGACGCACCGGAAAGACAGCCACUCAAUCGAAAUGGUCAUUUCCAACAUGCGGAUGAUCAUAUGUAGAAAUCCAAUUGAAUUGUUAAUACGACGAUAUAAAACUCGCCAGCGACGCUUGUGCCUUAGUGUCAUAUCAAUUAAACUGGAGGCAAUGGAAUUUUAACGAGUAAAAAGCAAGAUUUUUUGUGUAUUUCAACUGAUGCCGCUACCAUGUGCCUUGGAUAAAAAAAAAAUGUCGACGAAUAUCUUCAUGAAAUAAUCAUAAGAUUAACUGCCAUAAAAUACUCCUCCUGCAGCUCCUGCAGCUCCCAAUCUACAAGUUUCUAGUCAGAAACGAUUUAAUUACGUAACUACUUAAGCCCACGCACACUCAACAAAUUUAAUUAAAUUUUCUCCCUCUUCCUGAAUAAUAAUAGUGCGUGUGCACCGUAUAUUAAUUAUAAUUUCUUACUUGUUGGCUGCGGGAGCUUGAGUUUCUGGUUUAAAGUGGAGAACUUAUGAUUAACAUUUUUCCUUAAUCAUUCUGUUUUUUUUUAGAGAUCUCACGUGCAACUAACGAAUGUUAUUGUUUCAUUCGGACUGUCCCGAUCCGUUCCCCAAUUUUUUUUUCUAAUGGAAAAUGAAUAUUUCUUCCGUACGCAUAAUUAUUUAUUAUGCGUUUUCAAUUAAUAGUAUUUAUUACUACUGCCACGUGCAUCAGUACGAAUGGAACAUUUGCAUUUUUCUGAGUAAUUUCACGAGGCAAUACAUAAGUUGCGUAUUUAUUAUUGAGAAAUCUUGUGUUUAGUGAACGUCCGGACGUUUUAGUAGAAUGAAAAUUCCUUCUGAGUACGUGUACAAUGUGUAAAUUAUUAAUUUCAUACUAAAUCAGAUUUUAAAUAGCUUUUAACUACCGCAAUAAUUAAUUUUAUGUACGAAUUUUAUCGAUCUACUUAGAAUCCAUUUGUAAAUACAGUUCGUAAGGUUUAAUAUAAAUAUUAUAUAUAGAUAUAUCAAUUGGAUUAAACAAUUUGUUUAUUCAUUCCUCUCCUGUUAUCUACAACUCAAAAAAUGAUUACAUGUUCUUUCGAUCUUUCGUUUAUAUUUGUCAAUCAAAGCGGAUACAAAAAUACUCUACAAAUUUUACAAUGAUUCAGGUAUUGUUUGGUAUAAAAAGAUACAUUAUUCAUUUAAAUGGUUUUACGUAAGUUAAUAUUCAUGAUUAUUAUUAUAGCCGUGUGUGAGUUGAACACACAUUUACAAAAGCUCUUUGGAAUAUUAUGUAGAAAAAUAUUACUGGAAACAAGGGAAACAUUCUGAUCUGUAAAGAACUACAAAAACAUACAAAAAUAAAAAUAAUUUACGUAUUUGUCGUACUGAAAUUUUUCAGGCAAUUGAAAUUCGACGAGUAAUUAAAAAUAUGUACAAUGAUUGCGAUUUCUCAAUGUUUUUCUCACCACGGCUCAUUGCUCAGACGUAAAGAAAAAAUAAUCUUUAAAAUUGAGUGGAGAUUAAUCUCGUAAUGGAAAUCUCGGAGUAUCACAACAAAUUGGGAAAUAAAUGACAAUUGUAAAAUUGUAGACUUGAGAGUUGAAA